UGAGUUCAUUUUAGACAUGCAUCAUGCGGACAUCCAUGUGGCGCCGAACUGUCGAUCUUACGCGUUUGACGUUGAGGCGCUGAACGUCCGGCCAACUCCCAGUUUACGCCCUCUUCACCUGGCUUUUCGGAGACAUCGAAAGUGCUCCUGUCCCGCUGUAUCCCGGAAGCCUCUGCGCACUUGCUCGCUUAGCCUGGAAUUGGCAAUGUCAGGACUAUCCACUGCGUAACUUGUACUCCUCGACGAUCGCUUCAUCGACGAUGGCUACGCUAGGGUCACCGUCGCAGCUUUCGUCUCCCGGACGGAGACGGAAGUCCUUCUUUCGCAAGUGUGAACGGUACUGCUGCAACGUGCUCACGUAUUUUCCACUGGCCUUUGUCUAUGGGCUGACGACGUGGGCCGUGUGGGUUGAAACGAGCAUGUCUUUCUUGCUAGUGGGAGCAACCGGCUACAUCUCUGCAUUCCUAGGCUUUGCCUUGUACGUCCUCUUGAACUGGUCCUACACUACAGCUGUCUUCACAGACCCCGGCUCGCCUGUAAAUACUACCGCUGGGUACUCGUCCCUACCAACCUCAGAGCCGACAUCGUACAGUUCACUCACAGUGAAGGCUUCUGGAGAAAUGCGGUAUUGCAAGAAGUGCCAAUGUAAGAAGCCCGAUCGGGCACAUCAUUGCUCAACUUGUCGUAGAUGUGUCUUGAAGAUGGACCACCACUGUCCUUGGCUCGCCACUUGCGUUGGUUUGAGGAACUACAAGCCGUUCUUGCUCUUUCUGAUAUAUACGACCCUUUUCUGCUGGCUAUGUUUUGCUGUCAGCGCUCGAUGGAUCUGGGAAGCCAUUAUAGUGAACAAUUCUGUGGAAGAGUCGUUUAUGCCCGUCAAUUAUAUUCUGCUGUCUGUGCUCUCCGGUAUCAUCGGCCUGGUGGUGGGGGGUUUCACAGCCUGGCAUAUCCACCUGACGCUGAAAGGAAAAACUACGAUUGAGAGCUUGGAGUCGACUCGAUAUUUGAGCCCCUUGCGACAGCAGAUGGCGUCACAUCUGAGUCAGCACCGCACUUAUGUGGAUCACGAAAACAGAACUCUGAGUGAGCAGGUUCGCGAUAUGCGCGAUCAGCUCAUCGAGACACACGCCAACGCCUUACCUGGAGUUUUACGACCCGAAGAAGGGGAGGAGCGAAUGUCGCCUGCACAAAGCUCAUUACGACGAGCGUACGACUGGGACUCUGCGGAGAGACAAAGAGAACGGGAUAGGUACAUGGAUUAUCUUGACGAACAAUACGACGAAAAGCUGCCAAACGCAUUUGAUCUAGGCUGGCGCAUGAAUUGGAGGAGUGUUAUGGGCAACGUUCCUUGGCUAUGGUGGUUGCCCAUUUGUAACAGCAUUGGGGACGGCUGGACGUGGGAAAUCAGUGACAAAUGGCGAGAAGCUGCAGAGCGCCUUCGUAGAAAGAAGCAAGAAGAUUUGGAAAGGAGCGGCCUUGUCGUCCCGGUUCAGGAUGGACCCGCACCACCAAUGUACAACCCAAAUACACCGUUCCCAGCUAGGAGAAACAGCCCUAUGCAUAGGCUGCGGCAGGACAAUUGGCAGGCACCAGAACACAGAAGCGGAGCAAGUACGCCGAUGCAAAACCUCAAUGGCAGGAAUGGAGAUGAAGACGGUUACGAGACGAGCAGUGACGAGGAAAUGCUCGCAGAAACGAGAACCCGUUUGUUGCGGCAUAAUCAGGGCGACAAUUGGAAUGACAUACCCGAAGAAAUGGUAAAUGGGAAUAAGCGGAAUCUUCGACAAUCCAGGAGGAAGGACAGAUGAUGUAUAUGUACGCAUACUUUGCAUUGCAUUAGCAUGGGCGCUCAAAUGGUAUCUUUUGUUCUUAAUGCUCUCCCAAAACCGCAGAGGUUUGGAGCCAAUAUUGAUCUGCCACAGACUCAGAUUGGGCCGACUAUCAGAAACAUGAGAUUGCUCAAGUCGAAAAAGACUCGCCCAGAAACGCAAAUCUAUCUCCAGCACCCUAGCGGCUGCAAGGCUCGAUCGUUAGUCCUCGCAAGCCUUGGGUGAUUUAAGCAGCCAAUGGCCUACAUUAUUCGCAGAGUCACGAGUCGUUCAACGUUCAUCAGUCUUGAUUACGACCCUAGGCCUGCAUUAGUCUCGAUCGAAGAUGGGCAGAUUCGAUCUUUGAUCACCUCCACUGCAUCCUCCAGAGUCACCCCCCGAAAAGCCACCUGAAUCUCCGCCGAAGAAUCCACCUAGUCGAUAUAUGUUAACAUGUGCACUUCCCGCGCACAAUUGGAGAAUUAAAUUUUUUUUUUU